CAGAAAGAUAUGUGGAGCUGAUCUCGACCAGAAGUGAAGAACCCAGAGCAAGAAGGCGGUUAUAACUCCUGAGUCCAGGCAGUUGGCAGCGUCUGGGUUUCAGAGGAGCCAGCGCCUCCGAGUUGUCUUGAAGUGAGGCUCUGCUAAACCACUCUUCUUCUGGCUGUAAGAGCUGAAUGCUGUGACCAUUAAUUUGUUGAACCAAGACUCUGAGGCUGAUAUGCAAUGUCACUUACAACAUUAAUCAGACACUGCAUUUAAGAUCUCGAUGCGGUGGAGAUGGAAGACUCAGAACCAAGGAUUUCCAAGUGAUUUCUUCCAAAGCACGAGAAACUAACUCUGUUAAGCCUGCUCUGUUCUAACUGAGAUGACAGUCAUGUCCCUUUCCAGGGACCUCAAGGACGACUUUCACAGCGACACAGUGCUCUCAAUCUUGAAUGAGCAGCGCAUUCGGGGCAUUUUAUGUGAUGUCACUAUCAUUGUGGAAGACACCAAAUUUAAAGCCCACAGCAAUGUCCUGGCUGCUUCAAGCCUUUAUUUCAAAAAUAUCUUUUGGAGUCACACCAUCUGUAUUUCCAGCCACGUCCUGGAGCUGGAUGAUCUCAAAGCCGAAGUGUUUACAGAAAUCCUUAAUUAUAUCUACAGCUCCACAGUCGUCGUCAAGAGACAAGAAACAGUCACUGAUCUUGCAGCUGCAGGAAAAAAGCUGGGAAUAUCCUUCUUGGAAGAUCUUACCGAUCGCAACUUUUCAAAUUCCCCAGGUCCUUAUGUAUUCUGCAUUACCGAAAAGGGAGUGGUUAAAGAAGAAAAAAAUGAAAAAAGGCAUGAAGAACCAGCCAUCACUAAUGGGCCAAGGAUCACAAAUGCAUUUUCCAUCAUCGAAACGGAAAAUAGUAAUAACAUGUUUUCUCCACUGGACUUGAGGGCAAGUUUCAAAAAGGUCUCCGACUCCAUGAGAACCACCAGCCUUUGCCUGGAGAGGACUGACGUCUGCCACGAAGUGGAGCCCGUGCACACCCUCGCCGAGCACUCCUACGCCGUGUCUUCCGUGACUGAGGCUUACAGAAGUCUGCCUGUACGGGAACGGGACAGCAGUUCACCUGGGAAAACAGGUAAAGAAAACUGCGAAGCGGUUGCAGCAAAACCGAAAACAUGCCGAAAGCCAAAGACAAUCUCCGCACCCCAGGAUUCGGAUUCACCUCCAGAAAGUAUACCCCCCCCUCCAGCAACCAACUUGGAAAUGAAUCAAGAAGGAAGUCCACAGCCAGCUGCAAUUCUUUCCCUUUCAAAAUCUCCCAGCAACAAUGAAGGAGAGGUCCAUUUUCCCAGGGCAGAGGAAAAUAAAUCCUCCGAUGCCCCCACACUGCCAGCCACAGAGGUGCCGCCUCUCAUUUACAAUUGUAGCUGUUGUUCCAAAUCCUUCGACAGCAGCACUUUGCUCAGCGCCCACAUGCAGCUUCACAAGCCAACCCAGGAGCCCUUGGUGUGCAAGCAUUGCAACAAACAGUUCAGCACCCUCAACAGACUGGAUCGGCACGAGCAGAUCUGCAUGAGGUCAAGCCACAUGCCCGUUCCUGGAGGGAAUCAGCGCUUCUUAGAAAACUAUCCCACCAUUGGGCAGAAUGGAGGUGCGUUCACAGGUCCAGAACCUUUAUUAUCUGAGAAUAGGAUUGGUGAAUUUUCCAGUCCCGGAAGUACCUUGCCAGAAACAGAACACAUGGUUAAAUUUGUUAACGGGCAAAUGCUCUACAGCUGCGUAGUAUGCAAACGUAGUUAUGUGACUUUAUCCAGCCUCCGAAGACAUGCCAAUGUUCACUCGUGGAGAAGAACGUAUCCUUGCCAUUACUGCAACAAAGUAUUUGCAUUGGCUGAGUAUAGGACAAGACAUGAGAUUUGGCACACAGGAGAAAGGCGGUAUCAGUGCAUUUUCUGCCUGGAAACGUUCAUGACCUACUAUAUACUCAAAAACCACCAGAAGUCUUUCCAUGCCAUCGAUCAUAGACUUUCCAUCAGUAAAAAAACAGCAAACGGGGGCUUGAAGCCUAGUGUCUAUCCAUAUAAGCUUUAUAGGCUCCUGCCCAUGAAAUGCAAGAGGGCUCCUUACAAGAGCUACCGACAUUCUUCCUAUGAAAAUACUCGAGAAAACAGUCAGAUGAACGAGUCUGCACCUGGUCCCUAUGUUAUUCAGAAUCCACACGGCUCUGAAUUGCCUACUCUGAAUUUCCAAAACAGUGUAAACACCUUGACCAGCAGUCCAGCCAUCCCACUGGAAACACCAGCACGUCAGGAUGUACCCACUUCCACCAGUGCACAAAACGCAGAGGGUACCAAAUGGGGAGAGAGGGGAGAGUUGAAAGUUGAUCUGGACAGUAACUUUUAUUCAACAGAGGUGUCAGUUUCUUCUGCUGAAAAUGCCGUCAGUUCGGGCCUCCGGGCGGGGGACGCGCCCGUUUUGUCCGUGAGUAACGGCAGUGAGAACUCCACCUCUGUGAUCAGCUACAGUGGCUCAGCCCCCUCGGUCAUCGUGCACAGCAGCCAGUUUUCAUCGGUGAUAAUGCACAGCAAUGCCGUUGCCGCCACAAGCAGCCACAACCCCGCAGCCCCUUCAGACCUGGCUGGCAGUCAGAGCCCAAAAGACGAUGGCAAACCCGAGCCAGACAAAGUGGGGAGGGUUGUCAGCAGACCCAAGAGCAUGAAGGAGAAAAAGAAAACCAUCCUGUGUAACAGGGGAGAAGUACCAGAGGAGUCCAGAUACAUUGCUGAUCCUGGAGGGUCAUUGAGCAAAACCACAAAUAUCAUUAAAGAAACUAGUAAAAUUGAAACUUACAUCGCAAAGCCUGCUCUCCCGGGAACCUCCACAAACAGCAACGUCGCGCCCCUUUGCCAGAUAACGGUGAAAAUCGGGAACGAAGCCAUUGUGAAAAGGCACAUCCUAGGAUCUAAAUUGUUCUAUAAAAGAGGGAGGAGGCCCAAGUACCAAAUGCAGGAGGAGACUCCGCCACGAGAGAGUGAACAGGAAACCAACAGAGACAGCCCGAUCGGGCUCUGCCAGUCCGAGUGCGUGGAGAUGAGUGAGAUGUUUGACGAUGCCAGUGACCAGGAUUCCACGGAUAAACCGUGGCGCCCUUACUACAACUACAAACCCAAAAAGAAAUCCAGACAGUUGAGAAAAAUGAGGAAAGCCAACUGGAGGAAGGAGCAUGAAAACAGGAGCCCGAGCAGCAAAUGUAAAUACCCGGCCGAACUGGACUGCGCAGUGGGGAAGGCUCCCCAGGAGAAGGCCUUCGAGGAAGAAGAAAAUAAAGAGAUGCCCAAGUUGCAGUGUGAACUCUGUGACGGAGACAAAGCCUCGGGGGCCGGGAAUCAAGGGAGGCCCCACCGGCAUCUCACGGCCAGGCCUUAUGCGUGUGAGCUCUGCUCCAAGCAGUUCCAGAGCCCCUCCACCCUGAAGAUGCACAUGAGGUGUCACACGGGAGAGAAGCCGUACCAGUGCAAGACCUGCGGACGGUGCUUCUCGGUGCAAGGCAACCUACAGAAACACGAGCGCAUCCACCUGGGCGUGAAGGAGUUCGUCUGUCAGUAUUGCAACAAGGCCUUUACGUUGAACGAGACCCUCAAAAUCCACGAAAGAAUCCACACUGGCGAAAAGCGAUACCACUGUCAGUUCUGCUUUCAGAGUUUUUUGUAUCUCUCCACGAAAAGGAAUCACGAGCAGAGGCAUAUCCGAGAGCAUAAUGGGAAGGGCUAUGCCUGCUUCCAGUGCCCCAAAAUUUGCAAAACAGCUGCUGCCCUUGGAAUGCACCAGAAGAAACACUUAUUCAAAAGCCCAAGUCAGCGGGAGAAAACAGAAGGUGACGCGGGCCACGAGAACUCAAAUCCCCUGGAGAAUCCACAUUUCAUUGAUUCAGAAGACAGUGACCAAAAGGAUAAUGGACAAACCGUUGUUGAUAAUGUCCUUUGAAUGGUGAUACUUGGAAAAAUCUUCGAAACUAUAAGUUGGUGGGUUUGGGUUUUUCGUUUUUUUUUUUUUUUUUUAAGUUAGCCGUUUUCUUUUGUUUCUGUUUAAUUUUGUUCACAUAACAGUCAUGAAGGAGUGAAAUGUAACAAAGAAAAUCUCAUUUGUGAAAAUUCCAGGAAAAGGAUCCUAAUAUCUACUUUGGGUUUUAGCAUUAACUUCAUGCAAAGUACACAAAAACAAAGUAGCUGAAUCUUCCAAUAUCCCAAGUGACCUGUGAAAGUUUAUGAAGUUCUCAGCUAUGAUAUUUCUGCCAGUCGGGGGAAAGAAAAGAGUUUAAUUUUAGCGUAAUUUAAAACUUUCUAAUAAGUGCUAAUAGGAACUGGCUGCUGAACUGUCUUUAGUCACUGGAGAAAAUAAGGGUCAGAUGUCAUGAAAAUGUCAUCUUCAUAAAUAAGUUCAAAGGUAAAUGAGCUAUGACAGUCAUUAUUCCCAACCAGCUUCUAUUAAAAUUGUUUAAAUUAAUGGAUACAUACGAAAUAAUAUAGUUGAAAAUACGUGUGAAAUGAGUAACCCGAGUAGGACAUUCAUACAUUAUCUAGAAGUACUUUUCUGCAACACAAACCUUGUAAAAUACAUAUAUAAAUCACUCUAACUUUUAACUGUCCAUGUCCCCUGUAGUGAAUUAUAAUGAUGAGCAAUAGAUCUGCAAAUAAUGAGGACUGAUGUAAAAAUCAGUAGAAAGCAUUUUGAAUAUUACUUAAGAGCAUGUGUAUGCUUUUAGAUGGAAUGCUGUUCUCUUGAAGUUAUGGCUGAGCUGUUAUUAGAACUGGUCUACUCAAGUCACAGAAAACAUAGGUCAUGCCUUAUCCAUGGGGGAGAGCCUUCCCAGAAGUUACCUGUGGUUACCUGUGCUGUGCUGUAUAUUACUUUUUAGUGGCCUCACUUCAGAAAAUGAAGAAAGGUCAGAUUCUUCUGAAACUCCCUACAGUCUUCCAUCCAUCACAAGGCCAUGGACAUGGAGGUCUUUCCAGGUAGAUUUAACCAGUCUCAAGGGUUCAGGUAAAACCUGACGCCUUCCAUGCCACUGAAGGAGUGUCCAGGAAAUGUAGCGCAAAGCAUGUGUACGGCAGUGAAUUCCCAGGCACUUGAAAGUGACAGAAAGCCCAAUCCCUACAAUUGUUAGCCUUCUUGGAGAUUAUGCAGCCCACAAGCACAUACUAUUUAAAAAAAAAAAAAAAAGGACAAGAGAAACACACACCCCCGCCCCACCCAUUAAUGACUUGAGGGGGCAGAGGGAGUGAUGAUCUUCCUUGCCUCGAACAGAGCUUUGUCUUUGGGGGGUGGGGAGAUAGAAUGUGGAGUGACAAGGUUCCGUCACUUACUGAUAUGACUCAGAAAUACAUCCACAAGCCAGAUGCCUUGUCUUAAUGUUUGCAGACAUCUAGCCCGCUUGCUAAAAACCACUUCCGUUUUUAAUGUUCUUUUAUGCUGACCCACACCAUCAGCAUUGCCCUCAAAAUCUAACUGCCCUAUAGGCUAUUCCGUCAUGUGGACUAGGUUCCUGGGAGGCUGGAAGUCAUGAUUCUUACUUUUUAAACUGCCAGAAUAGGAGAGAGAGAGAGAAAACAUUCUUACCCUUUGAUGACCAGUAUGAGCAGAAUCUGGGACCCGGUUCAAGGAUGACCUGCGGCCAUUCAUGUUUACGGGAUGUGAUAGCUGGAAACCCAAGAUGACCCAAGGUUGCAAGGUUACCAUUGUGAAGAAGUAGCUCAAAGGACUCCAGAUCCUCUCUCCAAGCGUUGUGAUACCUCCAUGAAGAAGACUUAAUAAGGAUUGGGGUGGGCAAGAAAGCAUUUAAACACCCAGAAAAGGACAUGAUCAAAGCUGACCUUUUUAUACUGUAGUACUUUGCUGUUAAAUAACCCCAGUAUUGUAUUUGCAUUUAUCUUUUGUUCAUCUGCUUUCACUUACAAACAGUAUUAUGUAAUAGAGGAAAAUGGAAAAAUGCAAACGAGUCCAACUUUAUUUUAUACGUUGUAUAUAUGUAUACCUGCACUAUUCAUUUGGGUUUUGUUAAAAAGUUGCAAAGGGCCUAAGAAAUUUUGAAUUGAUGAUUAGAAAAUUGAAUAAGCAAUCCUGUGAUCUACUAAUUUGUUUUAUCUCAAUUAGGCUUACGGAUCAAGGAGAAUUACUGUGUGUUUCAGUCACUUUGAGGUAACUCCAAAUACAAAAUGAUUACAUGUACUGAUGUCUCCCAGCCCUUCCACGUGGAUACUUUUUAAGUGGACUUGUAUGCUGAUAAUUCUAGACCAAAGUAAAUAUGGCAGAAUAUUUAUACAUGAAAAAAAUAAUUUUGCAAAUAUUUUCUAUAAUUGUAUUAUUCGUUGAAAAUGUUGAUAGCUUGUGUUAGUUUCAGGGAGGGGUGUAUAUUUUGAUAAAAAAAUACUUGACUUUGUAAUCCUGUAUAUUCUAUACAAUUUAUAGCAGAGCCGUUUUAAGACAGCCUUGUCGCAUUUUUUUGUUAAUUGUGAAAAUUUUAUUCUAAGUGAUGUUUAUGCAUUGAGUACAUAACGACCAACUAGAAUUAAAGUAAGUGUGAACAGUGAACAUACUGUAUGCUGUACAAGAUAUAUUGUAAUUUGCUGUUUUAGCAUCUGUAUUUUGGUUAGAAGAUAUUAUUAAAUACAGAUGUUAAGGGUUGGAAAAGUCUAAUUUUAUUUUUAGAACUAAUGGAUAUAAAUUUGUUUUUGCUUGAUUAAAAUAGCUUAUUCCUAUGUUGUCUCUUCUUAAACGUUUUAGUGUUAAUUAUUUUGUGCAGCCAAGCAGCUAUUUCAUCUGUGUGAGUCACAGCAUUGUUUCACAUAUGAGUCAUUCAAUAGAUUUCUGUUUCCUUUCUUGUUUACAUUCCAUGGUACCUGCUUACAUGCUUAGGACUCAAAUGGAAUAUGACAUUAAAAAAAAGCAGAAUAAAAGAGA